AUGCGUACAACAUUUGUUUGCAGCAAGGAAGAUGACAUUAAGAGGCUGCCACUUAAGGACAAUGACGUAUGUAGGCGGCCUUCCUUCAAGUGCCCCAGUAUCACCAACGUCUAUCGGACGCACGAUGGAACGUGCAACAACAUCCGUCGGCCUGGUUGUGGACGUUCUAGCUCCGGAUUCUUGCGUCUUCUUCCUGCCCACUACCAUGACGGUGUCUAUGAAAUUCGACGAUCAGUAACUGGACAUGCUCUGCCUAGUGCCAGGGAAGUUCAACUGAAAGUUUUCGGAGAGAAACGAAUUUCUUCUGAUGAUUUUAACCAAUUCUUCAUGCAGUGGGGGCAGUUUGUCGCACAUGAUUUGGGUCUUUCCCCCACAAAACAAACAACUUCUGGACCUUUCCAAUGUUGUGAGAGUGAUGGCUCAGCAGUUCUACCAGCAUCAAAACUUUCUGAUGCAUGUUAUCCAAUUCCUGUGUCUCCUCAUGAUCCUGUCUAUAGCAAAUAUGGUGUGUGCUGUAUGGAGUUUGUGCGUGCAAUGACAGUUGUCCCUGAUGACUGUGUGCUUCAGCCAGCAAUCCCGAUGAAUGGUGCCACAUCACACUUAGAUCUUUCUGUGCUCUAUGGUAACAAUGAUUUGGCUAACAGUGGACUUCGUAAAAAUGAGGAUGGUCGCCUUGCAGUAUCAGUUUUCCAUGAAGGACAAUUUAUGCCCCUGACACCUGACAGUCCUCUACCAUGUGCUUCUCAACGUCCUUCAGACACUGUCUGCUUCAAGAGUGCUGAUCCUCGUACUAAUCAGCAGCCUCUGAGAAGUGCUAUACAUGUGCUAUUCUUACGAGAACAUAACCGAAUAGCAAAAAUUCUUGCUAAGUUAAAUCCUCAUUGGAAAGAUGAACAACUCUAUCAACAAGCAAGGCGGAUUCUGAUUGCUAUUUUCCAACACAUCACAUAUGAAGAAAUGUUGCCAAUUUUGAUAGGAAAACACGCAUUUAAAGAGCACUUCCAUGCAUACAAAUAUAAUAAAAAAUUGUGUCCUGGCACAUUUGUCGAAUUUACCUCUGUGGCAUUCAGGUAUCUUCACACAAUUGCACAUGGAAUUCUAAGGUUAAUGACAGCAGGUCAUGAAAUCAAUAAAGAGCUUGUGCUCAGUGAUUUCUAUAACAGACCAACAAUAGUAACUAAGGAAUUUGAUGAAAUUCUAAUUGGAGCAGUCUCUCAAGAAUGUCGCAAAGAUGAUGAAAAUUUUGACAAAGAGAUAGCUCAUGAACUGUUCAGGGCAAAUAGAACUACAUUUGGCUUAAGUCUUCCUGCUAUUGAUAUACAGAGAGCCAGAGAUCAUGGUGUGCCUUCCUACAAUGAGCUUCGUAAAUUGUGCGGACUUCCAAAAGCACAUGAUUUUGAUGACCUCUCUGACACUAUGUCUCAUACAUCAAUUAAGAAAUUGAGGAGUGCUUAUCAACAUGUAAAUGAUAUAGAUCCACUAGUUGGAGGAACAAUGGAAGAAGGAAUGCCUGGUGCGAUUAUGGGGCCCACAUUUGUCUGCCUUGUAACCAAACAGUUCCUUUUAACACAGAGGUCAGACAGAUUUUUCUACCUCAACAGAGAUCAAGAACAGCCAUUCAGUCCAGCACAACUUGAGGAGAUCAAAAAAGCUACUGUUGCCAGCCUCCUAUGCACCCACACAGGCAUUAAAAAGAUACAAAGGAAUGCAUUCACAACUAUCUCUGUUCGGAACCCUCUGGUACAUUGCCAUGAAAUACCUAAAGUUGAUUUAUCUGCAUGGAAGGACAACACAUCUGGAUAUGUGGAAGAAGCAUGGUAGUUGGGUUACAGAAUAUCUGUAUUUUAAUUAAUAAAAUUCCAAACAUAUCAAAUUUAUGUAUAAAAUAUUUGUCUGUCAGAUAUUACAGAUAACAACAAAAAUGUCUCUUGAACCAACUGUACACAUAUAUUUCCAUCAAAGAACAUCAUAAAAGGAAUCUUUGUAGUGUGUAAUACACAUAACUGCUUAACUGACUCAAAAGCCACUUUGACACUAUACAUCACUUACCAUUUUAAUGAAUACAGUCUACUUGCUGUAUAGGCCUACUCAGCGGGCAUCUUGAACACAACAUCAUGUGAUUAAUCCUGACAUCAGUGUGGUACAUGCAAUGGCAGUGUUGUUUUAUGAUUGGAAAAUAAUUAGAUAUAAGAUGCACAUGAACUGGGAUGGUAGUCUGU